UAGCGAAGGACACACGACUGUGUCGCAGUAACGGACUAGCGAAGGACACACGAUCGCAGGAUGAGGCGACCGACCUCCGAGGAGCUGGACUGUCUAGUGUACAACACGACUGCCGGUCGUCUGCUGUGUCUGAACGAUGUCAAGGCCAGGCUCUACCUGCCCGUCACUGUCUUCCUGGGGGUGCUCAUCAUCAUCGGCACCAUCGGCAACGCCACGGUGUGCCUGGUGUACUGCAAGCGGAAGUCACGUGUCUCCUCCCACUACUUCAUCCUCUACCUGGCCGCCCUUGACCUUGUGACCUGCGUCAUCGGGAUGCCGACGGAGAUUGCCGACCUGGUGCUGCCCUACACGUUCGACUCGCCCUGGGCCUGCAAGAUCCUGAGGUUCACUCACUCCAGUACCAUCAUCGCCAGCAGUACCAUCCUCAUAGAGGUGGCCUUUGACCGUUACUACCGGAUAUGCCAGCUGGGCCGUCAGUUCACACCAAACAAGUCCCAGCUCCUGUGUAUGGGAGCCGUAAUUCUGGGCCUCGUCUGCUCCGGGCCUACGUUUAUUCUCUUCGGCAAGAAAACCGUCAUCAGGAACUUAAACGGGAACAUCCUGAAGGGGAACGACUGUUCCACCGACGACUCGAUGCGUCGGACCAUCUACCCGACCAUCUACUACGUGUUCCUGUUCUCCCUGUUCGGUAUCACCGUCAUGUUCUUCGCUGUGCUCUACUCCAAGAUCGGGCUGACUAUCCUGGGCAGGAAGCGCCUGCAUAUGGGGUCAGUGACCUCCACCACGUCCUCCAGUAAAGCCCUGCUCAGGACCGGCUCUAAGAAAGAUGCGCCCUCAGAACAGCCGAGUUCUGACCUCUCUUCUGAGCAGGACGACGCCAACGGUGCUUCAACAGCCAGCGGCAACAGCAACCACAGUAACCACAGCAACAACAGCAGCGCCAGCGCCUGCAGUGUGGCCAGCACGUCCACAUCAUCAACCAUCAUCUCCACGCCUGUGUUCAGCAGCAUCAGACGCCACGGCAAACGUCUGCGUCCUCUGGAAGACGGGGCACAGUGGGUGCACCCGGGCAUCACUUACAAGCGCAACAGCGCCGGACUCAACAUCAUCACCAGCCUGCCCCUACCCCCCGCCAUCAUGCCAGACGUCGUCAUAGAAACCCCCAACCCCAGCGUGACUCUUGACGUCAUCAACAACAACGAAGAAAACGCUCACAAUUGUAAUAAAACGGAACCCGGACUUCCGACCAAUCAAAUCACACCUGUCAUCGAAGGCUCCGCCUUGACACGAACACCAAGCCGGAAAAACGGCCGGACCCGGUUUUUCUACCGCAACUUUCACCACCAGACCCACCAACACCCCGUGGACACGACGGACGACGAGGACAGCGUGGCCCACGGGCAAGGCGACCACAAGCACCAGCAGAGUCUCAAAGACCGCAUCAACCAGCGCAACACCCAGCGACAGCUACGCGUGGGGAAGACCACCACGGUCCUCUUCGCCGUGACCUUGGCCUACAUCCUCAGCUUCCUGCCGUACCUGACGGUCAUGGUGCUCCGGAGCGUCAUCCGUGACCUUGAGGAGAACCUCAGCCCAGUGGGGGAGCUGGCCUACAAACUCUGCGUCAAGUCGUUCUUCAUCAACAACGCCAUCAACCCCCUCAUCUACAGCUUUCUCAACCAGACGUUCAGGCAAGACGCCAAGCUCAUGCUCAGCAAGUGUUGCGGCAGGAGAAACAACUUCACAUCCAGGCCACGGGUUCGGGCCCAGCACACACCAGAGGCAGUGUAAGCGUUGACAACAUCCUCCACAAACACUAAAAUAUUCCGGACGAAACAAUCAGUCAAAUACUGCCUAAAAGCAGAUGUCUCAUACGCUUGAUUUGCCACGAAGCAAAGAACAAAGAUACCUCACUCGCUUAAUAAACAAAUAACAAUGACAAUAAACACGGGUACAUUGGAUAUUUUGUUACUUGACAUAUAUAUAGUGCCAGAUUACCGUAAAGUAUGAUGAUAAACUGACAUUACCUGGUCUAAUUAUGCUAAUCACUAUGGUAUCAAUAUACCAAUGACAUGCAUAAGGUUCCAGUGAAACGAAUAACACGCCAGGUAUACAAAUGACAUGCAUUUGAUUCCAAAUAAGGAAUAUGGUGUCAUAUAAACCACAUGCAAAUGGUGCUAAAUAAACUACUGAUGUACCAGAUAUACACAACACAAGUUCAAAGAUCUGAUUUGUUGCAGAGACUAUUAUUUGAGCCGAGUAACACAUGCGUUUAUCGUGUAUCGCUGUGAUUAAUGUGUGAGUUGGGUAGGUAGUAUGAUAGUUUGGUCGCUACAUGUUUCCUGCUUCUGAUAUUAUAUUUAGUUCUGGUAUUUAGUGUAACCUUUUCGUCACUAGCGCAACUGGUUUUGCUGCUAGGGGCGUGUGAGUAGAUUAACUAGUCUGCUGUUUGUUCUAGUGGUGUAUGCUGCAGUGUUAUUAUAACGAAAUGGUGUGUAUGCUGUGGUGUUAUUACAAGGAAGUGUUGUGUGUGCUUUAAUGUAAUGUAUGCUCUAAGAAUGAGCAGCUUUUAACUACCAUGUAUUUGAUUGUACAAAGCUGUAAGAAAGUGAGAGUUGUAUUUUGAUGAAAUCUUAUAUGAAUGAUAAUGUCAAUACGCUAAUGUUAUU